AUGUUGUGGUAUACAGGAUUAGGACCAUUAAUCACCGAGAUAUUCCUGACCAUUAAUUGUUUGAUCCUCGUCAUCCUAAUUAGCAUCUUUGGUAUCAUCGGAAACGUCAUCAACAUAAUCAUCUUCUCCAAACAAGGAUUCGACGACAGCAUCAACAUUACUCUCACUGCUUUAGCUAUCUGUGACCUCGGCGCUCUGUUCGCCAGCCAGGUGCUAGCGGUGGUCGUUAAUCCCUGGUUUCUGACGUCAGAUCUGCCCAUCGUCCACAUGGAGGUCGUGAACAUGGUAGUCUUCUACCCGCACAACUAUUGUGUGCGGGUGUGCGGGUUCAUCACGGCUUUCGCGGCUUUUGAAAGAUGUCUGUGCGUGCUCAUCCCUCUCAAAGUCAAGCAGGUCAUAACCAGGAAAUUUACCAUUUAUUUCCUGUGCGUCAUUUUUGUCGUCACCCUUCUAGACAUGCUGCCAAUUUACUAUGUGACCUACUUAGAUUGGGUUUUCUUCCCUGAUUCAAACUCUACAAAACUCGCGAUGGUUUUUCGGGAAAACCCGUACAAUGUUUUUGGUAUUUCGUAUUUAAUCACGGACAUGUUCGUACCGUAUUUCACGUUCUUCAUCAUCAUCCUCAGUAACGUAGUCAUCACAUGGAAGCUUAAAGCCAGGUCUGCGUGGCGAAGCUCCGUCACUAACACCAGAUCUGUCAAAGGCGAGGGCAUUUCCAACAGAGAAAAAAAAACUGUUCUAUCCUUGAUGGUGGUUUCCAUUAUCUUCAUCGUCUGUCUGCUGCCUCAGUCUGCAAUACUGUCAGCGGUCAGUCUGGAACCGGAGCUAAGCAUCAGGGGCAGCAAGUUUGACCUGACCAUCCUGUGCCUGAGCUUCGCCUACAUGCUCGAGUGCAUCAGCUCGAGCGUCAACGUCAUCGUUUACUACAGGAUGAGCUCCAGAUACCGCGAGACCUUCCUGGUCUUUGUGGCCCAGCAGAAGUGGCUCAGGAAGUUCCAGCCACGGGAAUCGACAAAACAGGUGGACAUAUGA